GGCGGCGCCAAGGCGGGCGCGGCAGGCGCGGCUGAGCGCCGGCAGUGAGCAUGGAGCGGGCGGCGGCGAUGUUCACCUGCUGGGGAGCCGCGCUGGGAGCUGCCGUCUCUGUCCCUGUGCUCCUUCUCGUGGCAGCGCCCUACAUCAGGAAGUAUGUCGCUGGAGGACAGUGCAAGUCCACAGCUAAGCUGGAAGGGAAAGUGGUGAUAAUCACAGGAGCCAAUACGGGCAUCGGGAAGGAGACGGCCAGAGACCUUGCUCGAAGAGGUGCAAGGGUGAUUGUUGCCUGCAGAGACAUAGCAAAGGCAGAGGCUGCAGCCAGUGAAAUACGAGCAGACACAGGGAACCAGCAAGUCAUUGUGAAAAAGCUGGACUUGGCUGACACGAAGUCCAUCCGAGAGUUUGCUGAGAAAUUUCUCGCAGAGGAGAAGGAACUCCACAUUCUCAUUAAUAAUGCUGGGGUAAUGUUAUGCCCUUACUCCAAGACUGCUGAUGGCUUUGAGAUGCAUCUGGGAGUCAAUCACCUUGGUCAUUUUCUCCUGACCUUCCUGUUGCUGGAGCGUCUGAAGCAGUCUGCCCCGGCUCGAAUUGUGAACGUGUCCUCGCUGGCGCAUCACGGAGGCCGAAUCCGCUUCCAUGACCUCCAUGGUGAGAAGAGCUACAACCGUGGCCUCGCCUACUGUCACAGCAAGCUGGCUAACGUCCUCUUCACGCGGGAGCUGGCGCGGCGGCUGCAAGGCACUAAAGUCACAGCAAAUGCUCUCCAUCCUGGUUCUGUCUCGUCUGAGCUGGUCCGGCACUCAUUCGUAAUGACAUGGCUGUGGAAGAUAUUCUCAUUCUUCUUGAAGACACCUUGGGAAGGAGCUCAGACCAGUAUCUACUGUGCAGUAGCAGAGGAGCUGGACUCUGUGACAGGACAGUAUUUCAGCGAUUGCCAGCCAGCGUAUGUGUCACCACGGGCCCGGGAUGACGAGACGGCAAAGAAGCUCUGGAGCGUGAGCUGUGAGCUCCUCCGCAUCCAGUGGGACUAAGCAGUGCAGACCUCAACUGUGCAAAUGGCUGAGCCCAGCAAUGCUUCUCCUGGGAAAAGCACUGCUGAGAGCCAUCAAGACAAGAAUGCUGAUACUUGGCUGCCCUGAUGAUGAUUCUAUGGACAUAAUCUGAUACAAAUUUCUGGAACGUUACACUUAUGGAUUGAGAUUUGUGAGCAACCAGUCCCCUUUUCUAGCUGGAGAGUUAGAGCUCUGAAGCAGGUAGCAACCUUUGCUUGGUAUCUCACACAACAGCCAGAGGCUGCUGGUCUCUGGCUUUAGCAUAGAAAUGAAGGUUGCAGGCUUAGCUUUAGAUUAUGAAGUAAGAGAAAAAGAAUUACUUUCAUCACCUAGGCUUUUCCUAACAGUGGUAGUAAAAACAUAGGACUCUCAACUUGUGAUCUGUGAGGUUAUAUUCAGUUCCUACUAUUUGACCUGACAGAGUGAAAGUAUUACAGAUUUUCUGGCAAUUUCAUGCAAUACAGAUGCUCUCAAGCACACAGAAACAGGUGCUGGCCCUUUUGUGCCAAGCAUUAGGAAGUUUUUCAAUACAAUCAGUACUUUCUCUCUGUAUUCAUUGUAAGAAGCUGGACCCUAGCCACUGGAGGAUAUUUGCCUCAACUGUCCAUGGAUUGCAGUAAGAUGAAUGAGGCUUGGCCUCUCUUUUGAAAACCCAGGUCUCAGAGCAGGUGAGUGGGAGGUUUAAAGCUGCAGGCAAAUUACUGUAUUUUAAAAAUCAUCAUCUCUCCCGUGAAGCACUGAGAAAAGAUGGUGUAAAUGUCACAAGAAACACCCCAGCUGCACUUUAAAUGACUUUAGAACCUAGAAAAGAGAGCAGAAUGUGUAAAGAACAUCUCAACUGUGUUAACAAGAAACAAUUUCAAAUAAGACUUUAGCUUUAAAUGACAGUAAACCACCUGGAGCAAUAUAGCUGAAGCAGAGGUUAGAACUAUCUUGAUGUUGUGGUCAAGUUAGCUACAGGACAAGAAAGUAAGACUUGCACAGAAAUCCUUGUUUGUCUAUCCAGAAGCUGCUGGGCCAAGGCUGCAGCCUGGCCUUGCCAUCCCACAGACCUUGCACUUCCAAAGGGCAGCUGGGUCAGUUCACGCGGCGAUGGGACUGCUCCCUCGAAACGCCAGUGCUGCUUUGUUGCAAAUCGCUGGAGUGUGAUCCAUUAUCACAAAGGAGUUCUGAAAGAGUUAAGCAGGUAGAGAACAAGUGCCACAGCCUCACUUUCUGAAGGUUUUGGAGCUGCACGUGAGCAUGCCACUGUGACCACCUUGGGAAGCAAAGGCCAGGUUUGUGAUGCUUUCUACCUAGAUGCUGCCUGUGGAAAUCAGUCCUGUGCUACCUCUGAGCAAUACUAAAUAAAGCCAUUUUCCUUUUGCA